UGGGCAAGUGUGUGAGAGUGUGUGCAUGUGGGUCUCUGUCUCCUCCUCACAUUUGGGAUCCUAGGGCCCCCGGAUCCCUCGCACCCCACUAUCUAUCUGUCUCUUUUUCUGCGGUCACCUCUUCUCCAGCAGUCACCAUUUCGGCUCCCGGCAGACCCACGCUGGCUGCCCAGCCACUCCCGCGCCUCAGCCUGGGCAGGAAGACCCUGGUGGCGGCCGCUGUUGGGGUCAUGCUGGUGCUGGUGCUGGUGGUGCUCAUCCCCGUGUUGGUCAGCUCCGUGAGCAAUGACAACAGCCACUACGAGAUGCUGGGUACCUGUCGAAUGGUGUGCGACCCAUACCAGAACAAGGGCACCACCACGGGCAUCGCCAGCACUGGCUCUUCUGUGCAGGCCGAGGCCGAGGCUUUGGCCGACCACAGCAACAUGCCUCCACCCUCCACGCUCCUCCAGGGGCCACAGGGGAAGCCGGGCCGGCCAGGCAAACCCGGACCUCCGGGGCCACCAGGGGAGCCAGGGCCCCCGGGUCCAAUGGGGCCCCCGGGGGACCAGUGGGACAGGGGCCGAAGCGGGGUUUUGAGUCUGGGCAACGAUGGACCUAUCAGCACAGUUACGUACAACACACACCCACGAGUGGCUUUCUACGCGGGACUGAAGAACCCACACGAGGGCUAUGAGAUUCUCAAGUUUGACGAUGUAGUGACCAACCUUGGCAACAACUACGAUGGCAGUUCAGGCAAGUUUAUCUGCGGCGUGCCAGGCACGUAUUUCUUCAUCUACCACGUACUGAUGAGGGGUGGAGAUGGAACCAGCAUGUGGGCUGACCUGUGCAAAAACGGACAGGUGCGUGCCAGUGCGAUCGCUCAAGACGCCGAUCAGAACUAUGACUACGCCUCUAACAGUGUGAUCCUGCAUCUAGAUGCUGGGGACGAAAUCUACAUCAAACUGGAUGGUGGCAAAGCCCACGGAGGCAACAACAACAAAUACAGCACCUUCUCCGGCUUCAUUCUUUACGCUGACUGAACACAAUUGUGGAAAAGAAAGAGAUUGUAGAGAAGGAAAAAGAAAAGUGAAGGAUGGAGCAUUUAUCAUCCCAAUUCUUCAUUUAACAUGGAUCUCCAUUGCUUCAACACACACCUAAAUGCAAGUUUUCAUCCAACUGAAAUGGCAGAGACUGGAAUGAGGAUGAGGGUUCAGUAGCUUCUCUUCACACUGAUGAUUGACAAAAGACAAGGAAAUAAAGUGAUAAGUUGUUUUUCUUUUACAGUACUUGUUGAAAAGUUCCUUGUUUCGAGGCUCCAUGUGUGACAUACAUCUCGUCCUUCAAUGUGUUUCCUGAGUAAACCUUUCUCACCUACAGAUAUCUAUUGAGAAAAAGGAGGUUGUUAAAAUGUCCUUAACUCCCUGUGGAAGAAAGAAUGUUAAUUUUAAAGGCUUUGUUCAAAAUCUAAGGCUCAAAGACAAGUAACAAAGAUGAGAUUUGGGACGAUCCUUUCAAUUGCUCCUUACUUAUACAUUGGGCACAGCACCCCCUGUUGGCUAUUGUUGGUAACUGGGUUCAUUCUGCAUUGUUUCGUAUGUGUACGCCGUUGAAACUGCAGUAGUCGAUGAUCUUUGUGGAUGAAUGUUAUUCCUUACAGGCAUUUAAAACAGUAUCACUCCAUCUUCAUUACUUUUCCUUCCCUUGUCAAUUAGCACUCACCCUAAACUCCCCUCUCGCCCAACUCCCGCCCCUCUGCAUCCCCCAAAAAACACUACAACAUGAUAAUAACUACAACAGCCAUUUGGCUCAUGUAAUAUUGAUUAAUUAUAUGAUUCCCUUUUCAACAGAAGAGGUCCCAUCUUUUAAAAUCAAGAAAGUGGACUCAUUACAUUCAGAUAAAUUCAGGACUAUUUGCUAAAAUUGUAUUGAUUUUGACGUGGGGUGGAGGGGGCAUAUCUGAGGAAGAAAAGGACAGAGGGAAGUCGAGGGGCUUCACCUGUCACUCAGUCAUCAGCGAACAUAUUUAUGCAACAGUAUUUUAUUCUUAUGGGGCGAAUGAAUGUGUGCAAAUGAGCUUUCUUCAUAAGCGUGCCCAUGUGUGUGUCUGUACCAACACCAGAGCAUGAACUGUAUUUUGUCUUUGCCACAUAAUUGGUUUGAGAAAUGUUCUAUACUUAAGCCAGUCAAAGAUGUGAUAUAGAGCCAAUGAGAUUGCAUCAGACACGUUUGGCUAUGCCUCUACAAAGAUAUACAAGAAAUAAUAAAGUUGUAAAUUAAAUAAAUCUAUGCUAUGUUUGUCAGUCCUACUCUAUCUUUUGGAAAUGUUGAAUAAAUUUAAAUAACAAAUGGGACAUUUGGAGUCUUUGGUGUAAUGUUUUUUCAACAAAAACUGUCUCUGGAUAAACACCAUUUGCAUAAAUCUUCAGAUUUAAGUAAUAUUUUGCAUUAUAGGCUAUUUAAGAGAUUAGUUAUUUAAAAUGGCAUUGCGAUCAUUUAAAGAAGGCAACACAUAUUCAUAUUUAUGUUUUUUGCUUCUUUCCUCUACUAUCGUGCAUUAUAGGUGAUUUAAGACAUUGCUUAUUUAAAAUGACAUCACAACGAUUUAAAGCAAAUGCAAAUAUGCAUAUUUACAGUGGUUUUUGUUUGUUUCCCUUCUCAACAUUUCUUCCUCUCGUCGCUCUAUUUUUAUCUUGUACCUGUCACCUGGCCUGACUCGCAGAAGCACAGAGGGAAAAACACAGCUGUAGACUUAACAAAAGCUUUCAUUAAGUGUGACUGUGUGUGCCUCAUUGCUUGAUUCACGUUGUCACCUCUGUUGCAUCUCAGGACACCUUUCAGAGGACACAUUUAAACAGCCAGUGCUGCUGAUAUGAGCAGUCACUCCCACAGAGAGAGAGAGAGAGAGAGAGAGAGAGAGACAGAAUUCUUGGCAGAUAUGUGUACUAGCUAUCACAUAUGUUGAGAUUGAUUUACAUAAAUGUAAACCAUGAUAUUCUUUCAUUAUAGAAGCCACUGUCAUUAGGGGAA